AUGGCAGAAGAAGGCACGAGAGAAAGCAGCGCGGAGGAGCUCCGUGAUCAGCUGGACAAGCUUUGGGAAAAACACCUCACUCUCCUCGACACGUAUCAUCAGGCACAACAACAAAUCGCCCGCCAUUUCUCAUCAGGCUUCUUCAAUCUCGCUCAGGCUACUUUCAAGUCGACGACACGUGUCCGCUAUGGUCAGGAGUACUAUGACGAUCGUAUGCAAGCAACAUGUCGCUUUGAUGUUUCGUCCGACGACCAAGGUGCCCCUUGCCUUAGCCUGAAAGGCAACAACGCUUCACCCCUGGCGACCAAGCAUGCAGACACAAGCCCAAUGCAUGACAAGCACGAAACAGACCAAGGUCCUGUACCCGAACAGCAGCCAACUCCACCAUCCACGCCCCUGAGGUCAUCUGGAGAAACCUCGUCCGAUGAACAAACUCACCAAGACAAGACUGCAGAAGAGAAACAAAAGACGCAGCAGAAAAAGCCCAGAGAUCCUCUUCACUGGUACGGCAUCCUAGCGCCUCCCUCAUUGCGUUCUUCUCAAAAGGCCUUUGUCUCUGCUCUGGAAAGUCCCGUCAUUGACGCCGCCAAUUCGGCCCAAGCACUUCGUCACGUAGCUUUGGAGAUCCGCAAACUGCGCAAAGACAUCAAGAAAGCUGAAAAGCGGGUCGUCGUAUAA